UGCGAGCAUUAGCCACGUGCAGUGUGUCUAAAACUCGUGUCCCAAGCUUGUCUCCUCCGAUUACAGGAGUAGGCGUUAGGGGCGCCUGGUGACAAAGGGAGCUUUAGUGAAGCCUGCCCAGCUGACAGCCCCGAGACGUCACCUUCUGACCUAGAAGAGGCAGCUUGCCUGGAGGAACGGAGCGAUAAAUACCAGGCGGCUUGGCCAGAAGCAGCCGGCGGCCAACCAGAGCAAGAGCGAGCGUGAGAGCCGCGCGAGAUCCCAAGCCAGCCAGAGGCCCCCACUCCCUACCACACCGCCGAUCAGCAACCUGCUCGCACCUGCAAAAGUUGGCCCAGCUUCCCCUGCAGCAGCAGCAGCCCCGAUCCUCCGCGCCAGGCAUCCUCUUGGGUGCACCUGUUUGCUCCGUGCGCCGCCCUAUGCCCGAGCGGGCCACCCGCGCAAAGACGGCUCCCUCUGCCUCCCCUCUUGGGAAAGUGUUCCUGAAGAUCGUCCCGCAGCAGUAGCUGCACAGAGCUCUCGCGCGCGCCCGGUGCGCCUCGGUCCAAUUCUCUGCGGGAAUCCAUUCCAGGCUCUCCCGUCCCUAGGGGGAUCCCAGCACCGAGUCGCCGCCCUCGCCCAUCGCACCCUUCGCACGUGCUGCUUUUGCCAUGUCGCAGCGGCUGGAUUUGCAGAGCUUCCAGAACGGGGACGUGCAUCCCAGCCGCCUCAAAGGUUUCGGGGAGCUACUGCCCGGCAGCGAGCUGUGGAGGCCCCCGAAGCACGACCCUGCGCCGCUGGAGCAAGAAGGCGGCGAGGAAGCGAGGGACCCCUUGCCCGCUCUCGAGGCCGCCUACGCCUCCAUCCUGCAAGGGCUGGGCGAGAACCCCGGCCGGCAAGGGCUCCUGCUCACGCCGCUCAGGGCUGCCAAGGCCAUGCAGUUUCUCACCAAAGGCUACCAGGAAUGCGUCGGAGACAUACUCAAUGAUGCAGUUUUCGAUGAGGACCAUGAUGAGAUGGUGAUCGUGAAAGACAUUGAUAUGUUUUCCCUUUGUGAACAUCACUUGGUACCUUUCUUUGGCAAGGUACACAUUGGAUACUUACCAAGGAAGAAAGUGGUCGGUUUAAGCAAACUGGCAAGAAUUGUUGAAAUAUUUAGCCGAAGACUGCAAGUCCAGGAGCGACUUACCAAACAGAUUGCCCUGGCCAUUACUGAUGCUCUGAAACCUGUGGGCGUGGCUGUGGUCGUUGAAGCAUCGCACAUGUGCAUGAUCAUGAGGGGCGUUCAGAAAAUGAAUAGCAGAACUGUCACCAGCGCCAUGCUUGGAGUCUUGCGAGAAGAUCCAAAAACCAGGGAGGAAUUUCUUGCCUUGAUCAAGAAUUAAACGGCAACAUCUUGCAGCUCCCUAUGGAGCUGGAGUGCACACGAAAGUCAGUUGCCAAAACCUAAUUGCUUUGUGUGAAGCCAGUUUUGUAGUCUGCGUAGGAGGGGAAAAAAACCUGUAUCACAGCUUUGUUCUCGCUUCUUGGUAACACUUUUGAAUGUUGCUAAACAUUUUGCUAGGGAAUGCAAGCACCUAACUCCAUCACUACUAAAAAGCCAGGUUUCCUUUUGAUAGUAACACAAUGGCUAAGGCCCUCUUCACACAUUUAGAGCUUUAGUGCAGGCCUAUUUUUUCCAAGUUCUUCGAUGUUAGAAAUCAGGGAGUCAUCUUAAAUUCAGAGUCCUGUUCCUUUCAGGUAAAUACAGUAUAACCUGUUUUCUUAAGUUCAGAGUAGUCUUCUAUCUGGGUAAAUAUGGUAUGUGUGUAAUUUACGUACACUAGUCAGAGACCCUGUCUUCCUACAACUGCCAGGACUGUGUACAUGGAGCUCAGCUGGAAAAGAAGCAACCCAUGCUGUUCAAUGGGGAGAUACAAAGUCCUGCCUCCCUUCCUCAACCUGAACUGCUGAUUGGCACUAUAGCUGCUUUUCUAACUGGGCUUUGUGCAUCCAGCCUUAGCUGCUGCAUUGUGGGGAGAUGCACACUUGCGGCAUAAGUUUGCACCCACAGUUCCACAUCCAGCUAGGGACAUGAAUGUGGAAACUAUUUCCAUAUGGCCCAGGGUUGGACUGCAAUGCUUGUAUGUAGCUAAGUAGUGGCUAUGAGAUUGAGCUAUGACUCAGGAAGUUCCUGGUUCAAAUCUUUCCUCUGCUAGCAAUUCACCAGGUAGCCGUAGGUAAUCUCAGUCUGAGCCCUCCACCUGCAAUAUGGUGAUGCUACUACAUACCUUACAGGGUUGCUUUAAAGAUUACAGCAGAAUAAUAUGUGUUAAGAGCUUUGCACACUUAAAAGCUAAGUGUUAUUAAAUGUAGGACGGCAGGAGAAUCCUACUCUAAAUCAAAGUUUUGAUUGACAGCUUGUUUCUAUAUACAGAUAGACCUCGUUAUUCUUGCGUUUAGGAGUAGAAACCAUGAACAACAAAACCUUAUCCCUAUGGGAAUCUAGGGGUUAGAGCAUAAAUAAGAGAAAUAAAGUACUGUGCCUUGUUCUCCAGCAGUACACCCCACCCCCAAAUAACCACCAGUUUUCACAAAUCACAGGAUUUCUUCUUUUUUCUAAAAAACCCACAAAAUGGUUCUGCACUGUAAAAUGGCAGCAGGAAAUGACAUCAGAAAUCAUUUUCAGGUCAUUUCCAGCCACUCAAAACAGCUAAAAGGCAAAUUUUAGCCUAUUUUUGUACUAUGGAUAAAGAAACCAGGUCUCUAAGACCCAUUCGCAAAUAAGCGAACCUGCGGUUGUUUUAACUGCAGCUAAUGAGGGCCACCUGUAUUCCAUUGUCCUUCUGGAUAUUAGUUUUAGUGUCCCUAUUUAACUUACAUCCUUAUUCAAUUUUGUUUGUUUUAGUGCACAAGCACUCUGGGGACUAUGGCUCCAGAUGCGACAGAAGUACUGUAACCCUACUGUAUUAUCCUCAAAGCACUGUAUAGCACGACUUGAAAUGUGCCUCAUACAACCCAAUGCCUGACAGGGUUGGCAUUUCCUGAAAGAGAUUUCUUUGCUAAAUAGAAGCCUCCAAUCCUGAUAUUGUUACAGCUCACUUCUUUCAGUGGUUUCAGAGGAAACAGGGAAGCGAUACAUACAUACCGCUGUUGCUUCAUACACAUAUUCAUUUGAAUAACGCACAUCAAGUCAACAUGGGGACUAAACACAUUUCGAGUACAGAUCAUGUGUUCUACUGAAUCUAUGUUGAAUGUAAUAUGCAAGUAACUACACAAGUAUAGUUCAUCACUUGUUUACAGAGAUAGUACAUGUAUUGAAAGCAAUGCGUGAGAAUAGGGCUUGUGACUGAUGCUCAUGGGACUAUCUGUACAGACGGAGCUCUGUGCACUCAGGCCAGACACUAACAUCUAGAGCCCUCACAAGCAAGAAGUACAUUCUUGGCUAACAGUUGGAGAGGAAGCUGUCUUGAGCAACAGGUAUGUAAAAUGGUGCUAAAAUGCAGACAUAACAAAAAUUGUUAUGUCGCUGUAACUGCUGGAUUUCUAAAUUGCUUUUAGUACAGAGCAAUUAUUUUGGAUACCAGCCUAGUUUGCUUUAAGUUUCGAAUAUAACUACUAAUGACAUACUCAAAAUAUUAAAAAUUGGUAUAUUGAAUAUUGCUGC